AUCACGAACUUGAGCUUGUUACAAUUAUCAUACUACAUAGAUUAGAUCAGACAAAGAUCGAAUAAUCCCAAAGCUCCGGGGAUCGAAAGGCACACAGCUCGUCACUUUUCUGAAAGCUCCGUGAGCGAUACCAACGAGCCACGGCCGGCACAUAUGUGAUUCCAUAAUAACGAGCCGGCGACCAAGGGACACCAACGCCGAGACAUGGCGGUCUGCACGAUGGCCACCAUGCACGCCGCCGUGCACCACCACCACCACCCCCUCCUCAACGUCCCGCCACCGCCACGCCACCGUGUCCGGGUCGUCGUCCGUCGGACGGCCGGCACCACGGCUGCGGCGGUGACGUCGGAGCCGGACACGUUCUCCAAUGCCUUCUGGGACUACAACCUCCUCUUCCGGUCGCAGCGCGCCGAGACGUCCGACCCCGUGCAGCUCCGCGUCGUCGAGGGCGCGAUCCCGGCGGACUUCCCGGCCGGCACCUACUACCUCGCCGGGCCCGGCAUGUUCUCCGACGACCACGGCUCCAUCGUCCACCCCCUCGACGGCCACGGCUACCUCCGCUCCUUCCGCUUCCACCCCGACCACGGCGUCCACUACUCCGCACGGUACGUGGAGACGGCGGCGAAGAGCGAGGAGAAAGGGGACGGGGCGUCGUGGAGGUUCACGCACCGGGGCCCCUUCUCGGUGCUGCAGGGCGGCCACAGGGUGGGCAACGUGAAGGUGAUGAAGAACGUGGCCAACACCAGCGUGCUCUGGUGGGGCGGCCGGCUGCUCUGCCUCUGGGAGGGCGGCAUGCCUUACGAGCUCGACCCCAACACGCUGGAGACCAUCGGUCCCUUCGACCUGCUCGGGCUCGCGGACGAGGCAGCGGCGGCACAGGGUCGGGUGGCCGGACGGCAGCGGCAGCGGCGGCCGUGGCUGGUGGAAGCCGGGCUGGACGUGGCCACCCGCUUGCUGCGCCCGAUUCUCAGUGGCGUGUUCAGCAUGCCGCCCAAGAGGCUGCUGGCGCACUACAAGGUCGACCCGAAGCGCAACCGGCUGCUCAUGGUGGCCUGCAACGCCGAGGACAUGCUCCUCCCGCGAGCCAACUUCACUUUCUACGAGUUCGACGCCGGCUUCGGGCUGGUGCAGAAGCGGGAGUUCGUCCUGCCGGCGCACCUCAUGAUCCACGACUGGGCAUUCACCGACUCCCACUACGUCGUCCUCGGCAACAGGAUCAAGCUCGACAUCCCCGGCUCGGCGCUGGCCAUGACGGGCACCUACCCGAUGAUAGGGGCGCUGCAGCUGGACCCGAGCAAGGAGACGACGCCGGUCUACCUGCUGCCGCGCUCCACGGAGGCCGUGGCCAGCGGCCGCGACUGGACCGUGCCCGUCGAGGCGCCGGCGCAGAUGUGGUCGAUGCACGUCGGCAACGCCUUCGAGGAGGACCUCGGCCGCGGCGGCCUCGACAUACGGCUGCACAUGUCGGCAUGCUCCUACGAGUGGUUCCAUUUCCACAGAAUGUUUGGUUACAGUUGGAAGAACAAGAAGCUCGACCCUACGUUCAUGAACGCAGCCAAGGGGAAGGAGCUGCUGCCUCGCCUCGUGCAGGUGGCAAUUGAGCUCGAUAAGAGAGGAGCCUGCCGGCGAUGUUCUGUUAAGAGAAUGUCCUAUCAGUGGAACAAGCCAGCAGACUUCCCGGCGAUAAACCCAAGCUACGCCAACAAGAGGAGCAGGUUCAUCUACGCAGGCGGGGCAUCCGGUUCGCGCAAAUUCCUCCCAUAUUUUCCGUUUGACAGCGUGGUGAAGGUCGAUGUCUCCGAUGGGACAUCGAGGCGGUGGUCUUGCGAGGGGCGCAAGUUUGUUGGGGAGCCGGUCUUCAUCCCAACCGGUGGUGGGGAGGAUCAUGGCUAUGUUAUUAUUGUAGAGUAUGCGGUAUCUGAAGAUAGAUGCAACCUGGUGGUGCUGGAUGCAAGAAAAAUAGGCAAAAAAAGUGCACUUGUGGCAAAACUUCAGGUUCCAAAGCACCUCACCUUCCCAAUGGGAUUCCAUGGGUUCUGGGCUGAUGAAUGAAGGACAAGAUCGGAAGCAUCCACUCUGGUGAGCAAUUGGUUGAGGUUCCAAAGCACCUCAGCUUCCCAGUGGGGUUCCGUGAUUCUGUCUAGGCUGAUGAAUGACACGCAAUUCAGAAGCAUCCGCCCUAAUAGCAAGUGUUAGGCACCCAAACAAUUACUGGGCAAAAUCUGAUAGAUUUUUCAUAUCAGUGUAAAAUGUACAGCUUGAUCCAUUCUUAUACAUCAAGCAUUCGUAGGAUCUUGUCAGGUGCUGCAUCAUUGAUCCCUUCUGAAUUUCAUAUCAGUGUAAAAUGUACAGCUUGAUCCAUUCUUAUACAUCAAGCAUUCCUAGGAGCUUGUCAGAUGUUGCAUCAUUGAUCC